CCAGCCUAAUUUAGAUAACUCUUCUUUUAUUAUAAAUCUACCACGCCUUUCAGGCUCAGAAUAUGUCGCAGCUUAUCUUCUAAAAUGGCGGAUUUGAAGGCGAGCUCAGACAAUCCGGUUGCAUCAGAUCAGAAUCCAUCUACCAACAACCCUGGUCUCAACGGCGUUACUCUGGAUAUCGAGAACAAGGCAGGCUCUAGAAGUACGGCAGAUACUCAGCAAAGGAACGAACCGGCUUUCAAGUCUCUUGGCCUCCUCGACCGCUUCUUAGCUCUGUGGAUCUUCCUCGCGAUGCUCAUCGGCAUUUUGCUUGGAAACUUUGUUGAGAAUGUAGGCCCUGCACUGCAGAAAGGAAAGUUUGUAGGAGUGUCUGUUCCCAUCGCAAUUGGUUUGCUUGUCAUGAUGUAUCCCAUCCUAUGCAAAGUCCAAUACGAAGCUUUACACCAUGUCUUUCGAAAGCGAGAAAUCUGGAUCCAGAUCGGUUUCAGCAUUGUCGUAAACUGGGUUGUUGCACCCUUUGUUAUGAUGGCUCUUGCGUGGGCUUUCUUGCCGGAUAAGCAGGGCCUCCGGGAGGGACUAAUUCUUGUCGGUAUCGCAAGAUGUAUAGCCAUGGUGUUGAUAUGGACGGGGCUGGCUGGAGGCGAUAACGAAUACUGCGCUAUCCUAGUUGCAGUAAACUCCUUUCUUCAAAUCGUCCUCUUCGCACCGCUCGCCCUCCUCUUCAUCAAGGUUAUUAGCCACGGCGGGCCAGGCGUCAGCGUAUCAUAUUCCACAGUUGCAACCAGUGUGGGCGUCUUCCUUGGCAUUCCCCUUGGUGCUGCCAUCCUCACCCGGUUUACAAUUCUUAAGAUUGGCGGCGAAAGGUUCUACAACCAGGUCUUCUUGAAAUUCGCCGCACCCUGGUCCCUUAUAGGUCUUAUCUUCACCAUCCUGGUUCUCUUUGCGUCACAGGGCCACCAGGUUGUGCACCAGAUCGUCUCCGUUGUGCGUGUUGCUGCCCCACUAGUUGUGUACUUCACCGUUAUCUUCUUCUUGACACUGCUGGUCACACACAAACUUGGCUUUGGAUACAAGUUGGCGGCGACGCAGAGUUUCACAGCCGCUAGCAACAACUUUGAACUCGCGAUUGCGGUGGCUGUUGCAACUUUCGGCGCGGAUAGUGACCAAGCACUAGCAGCAACCGUUGGCCCUCUAAUCGAGGUCCCUGUCCUCCUUGGGCUUGUCUACGUUGUGAGGUGGUAUGCUCAGAGAAGAGCGUGGAAGGAUUGAAAACAUAGCACAUGAAGUUUGAUGGGUAGACUGUAAAUAAUCUACAAAUUGUCGCAGGUAAUCGCCCUGGACAAUGGAGCAAUA